CCCAAGGUACACAUGACGUGUUUCCGCCUUGCACCGGAAGUUUGCGGAGGUUCAGCUGCUGUGACCGCGCUCCACCGUCCUAGGGGAUCCUUUGUGAAAGCUAAAAUAUUUUGGAGCUGAGUUGUUAAUGAGAUAGCCACUUUACUUAGUGAGUCUCGGUGGAUGGGAUUUUUAGGGCUACGUUGCUUCCGCUUUCUUUACUUUUUGUAGUGCCGUUAAUGGUCGUCGUAUUUUCACUUUUUGAUGCAGACAGGCUGCCGAAUCUCGCGAGAAGUGGAAUCUCACCAACAAACACAAUGAAUAAAGAAGCCAGACUGAAGGCGUCAAUAAACCAGAAGCUAACGGAGACAGGAGAAAGAGAUAGAUUGAAGGAGCUGCUGAGAGCUAAGCUCACAGAGUGUGGAUGGAAGGACCAAAUGAAGGCUCAAUGCAAAGACGUCAUCAAACAAAAAGGUCUGGAGCACGUGACGGUGGAGGACCUCGUUGUAGAGGUCACCCCUAAAGGAAGAGCCUUGGUGCCAGACAGCGUUAAGAAGGAGCUCCUACAGAGAAUUCGAGCCUUUUUGACGCAGCACGCCUCAUAAUCAACAUUUGGCAAAUUCUCAUAAAGAUGUUAGCUUUUGUGUUGUUGUUUUUUUUUUUUUAAGGAUUUAUUGGAAUUCCGAAAUGUGUUUUAGAAUUGCAUAUAAAUUCUUAUCAUCUCCGACAUCUACUCUGAUAAAUGUGUUUGUAUUGAUCCACUGAUCAACUGAUUCAUGUUUUAUACCAGUCAGAUGUCGUGUCUCCUUGUGUAUGAAAUGUGCUGCUUGAAUAAAGGGGUCAAUUUAUUAAA